AGAAGCGAGAGCACGGGCGGUGAUAUGGUGCUGACAAUGACUGCCCACUAUCUCAGGAAUAACCCGAUUCACCCGGGACUGAAUGUUAGAGUCCUGCUCGUGCUGUCAUUUGUGUCAGAUGAUUGAUGUGCUGUUGAUGUGGAAAUCUAGAGAAGAUCCUACCAGAUGAUCUGAAUUCCAUCAUCUCCCCACAGAACACACUGAUUUGUCUCCGUCACCACAUGAUAGAGGGCUGGUGUAUGGCAGUCAGGUGGUCGUCCCCCCUAAGGUGAACGCUGUGUUGGGAAAGAACGUCACCCUCAGCUGCAGGGUGCAGGUGGACACGAACCUCAGCCUGACGCAGAGCUCAUGGGAGAGGAAGCUGCCCACUGGAUGGAUGACUCUGGCUGUGUAUAACCCCAUGUUUGGUAUCUCCAUCCCGCCUGAAUAUGAGCGACGGCUGUCCUUCCGUUCACCCUCUAUGCAUGAUGCCACCAUCGUGCUGGAAGACGUGGGUUUUGCUGACAUCGGCAUAUACACCUGCAAGGUUGCCACCUUUCCACUGGGUAACACUCAGGCCUCCACCACUGUCAGCGUGAUAGUGGAGCCAAAGGUAUAUGUCUCAGCCGGAUCUUCCGCUCUGAUCGAUGGCGGCAAUGAAACCACAGUGGCCACCUGUAUUGCUGAGAGGGCUCGGCCCCCUGCUGAGGUCUCCUGGGAGACAAAUCUGUAUGGCACAUCUGAGGCCCACAUGCAGGACGAUGCCAACGGCACCACUACGACCCAGGUGCACUACUCCUGGCAGCCCUCCCGUCAUGCCCAGGGCCACACGAUAACAUGUGUGGUCAAACACCCUGCUCUACAGAGCAACUUCAGGAUACCCUAUAUCAUCAACAUACAGUUUGCUCCAGACAUCCUGGUGCUGGGCUAUGACGGCGACUGGUAUGUGGGGAGGGAGAAUGUGCAACUGAAGUGUGGAGCCAAGGCCAACCCGCCUGCCCAGCACUUCAGAUGGAACAGGUUGGACGGAGAGAUGCCAGAUGGAGCGGAGGUGGUGAAUAACUCUUUGGUGUUUAUGAGACCCUUGCAGAAGAACGACUCUGGGGUUUACAGGUGUGAGGUGGAAAAUGACAUCGGACUGCGCAGUCGAGACAUUAGAAUACGUGUUCAGGAUCCUCCCUCAACCACCACCAUGCCCCCCACCACCCCUGUGCGCCUCCUAACCGCCGACAUCUCUGCCACCGUGCCUGGCAAUAAGCAGCGAGCCCUCAUCACAUCACCAACCCUGGCGCCUCUGCCGGAGGGGAGCCUAGGCACGAUUGUCGGUGGGGCAGUAGGCGGAGCCCUCUUCCUGCUGUUGCUGCUUGUUCUAGGCGGAGUUUAUUACCAGCAUCAACGGCGGACGUUCCGUGGCGACUACUACACAAAGCAGUAUCACGGCCCAUCGGAUAUGCAGAAGGCUCCCCAGCCCCAUGAGCUGCAGCAAGUCUACAGCAAAGGAAGCCCCGACACCAAGCUCAAAUCCAACCAGGAUAACGGCACCAUCUACCCAGAUAAGGAUCGAGAAGAGUGGGGUGAUUUCGACCGAGAGCGAUCACCCAACGGUCGCAGCAGAGCUCUGAGGGAAGCAGACGGUCAAAUCAACCACCUUAAUCAUUACAACGAUGAGCAUGGCUACCACAGCAACCAUCACCCCGGCCAUCCACAAAGCUUUAGUCCAGCCCACCAUAUCCACAGGAGCUCGCUGCAGCCAGAGCCCCGCAGAUACGCCGCUCCGCAAGUCAUGAGCAAUGGCUCCCCCUACCUGCCGGAGGACUGCUACGACAACGACUACGUGUCGCACAUGGAUGGCUCAAUGAUCUCCCGGAGGGAGUGGUAUGUCUGAGAAGAACGAGCAGGAAGAGACUGCGUGGACACUUACAAAGUGCUUCAGACUGCAAAAUGAGACAGAGAUGAAAAGAGUUAUGUAGAGAAAAUUAGUAGGAAAUGCACCUUUUCUAGUAGUUUACACCUGCCGAUUUGUUUUUGUACAUUAGUCUAAUCAUUAGUUAGCUGUUCAUAGCUAGCUGGUUUAAUUGAUGUUUUGGGACCAAGAGAGGGUGUAAUUAUUGUCUUCGUUUCUCAGAUUGGUCAGGCAACAAGACAUCUGCUUUAUGUUUCACCAAUAAACCAGUUCAGGGUUGAUUUCAGGGGUGAUUUAAGUUGGGUUGUCUUUGCCAAAUCAAUAGCCAGUCUCCUUUUCCUUGCACAGUAAGGUGAGCUGUGUGAUUUAUUUAAAAGAAAGAAAGCAGUUCGAACAAAUUCAAUUUGAAUUGAAAUAACCUGUCGAUAAGCGUUUCAGAUCAGCCCUGUCAUGAGCGAUGGGUUUCAAUGAGUCACGUCAACUUUCAGUGCUGUCACUCUGAUGGAAGCAGAAAUUAGCUGCUGUCAACAGCCUGGCGGUUUCCAUGGCAACAUUUAUUUCUUCUAAACUGGCAUUCAGAGUAGCUGUAGGGAGGAGCUAGACAGGGAGGACCAUACUGGUUUUGAUAAAGCCCAAUGGACAAAGCCAGACAGAAUGAUUGCUGAAAUGGGGUGGCUGUAAUUGUAUCAAUUCAGCUACCAUUUGCAUACCCCUGCGUCACUGUAUUAGCUCUGGAUUUCUUUUGUUUGUGCCAUCAAAAAUGUUUGCCGCCGUGUGAGUCUAUCUGCAGAAGAUGGUUGGACAAU